CCGAGCAAGAUGGCGCUGUGGCUGUCAGCACCUCGGACAGCACCCCGCAGCUCUGACAGGGACGUUUGAUCACAUCAGUGUGUGUGUGUGUGUGUGUGUGCACAGGGGUCACGUGUCCGGUCCGGUUCGGUUCGGCUUCAGAUGAUGAUGAUGAUGAUGAUGUGACCGCGUGAAGCUGUGCGCUAUUCACUGCAGCCAGAGAGGAGAAAUUCAAAUCUGGAUCAACUUGACUGCUGUUCACACUCCUCCUCCUCCUCCUCCUCCUCCUCCUCCUCCUCUUCAUCUGCAGCCACAGUUUAAGAAGAAAAUAGACAAACCGGCCUCGGCUCGAGGUGGAGGAGCGCGUGCCUGUCUUCAUCACACCGGUACGCGGAGGAAUGGAGGGGGGCGCGGGGAGAUCACCAGGGGCCGGUUCGGAAAGGAGAAAUGAAGCCGUGUCUAAGAAAUAGUGUUUUCUAGAUUGUUGCUCCCCAGACCCUGCAGGUCUUUUUUUUUUUUUUUUUUUUUUACAUUGUGGUUCUGCAGCGCCGGUUCUGAAGAUGUUCGGACUCCUGGUGAUGAUGUCUUCGGUGGUUUUCAGCCCCGGCUUUGCCCUCAGCUCCCAUUUCAGCUCAGAUGGCGCUCCGCUGAGUGACCUGUCCUGGUCGUCGUCCCUGGCUGUGGUGGCCAUCUCUUUCUCGGGCCUCUUCACCUUCGUCUUCCUCAUGCUGGCUUGCCUCUGCUGCAAGAAGGGCAAAAUCGGCUUCAAGGAAUUCAAGAAUGUGGACGGGGAGGAGUACCACGCAGACAUGUCCACCUUGGCCUCACCGGCCUCCCAGGGCAGCCCGGACGUCUACAUCCUGCCGCUCACCGAGGUCUCCCUGCCCGUCGCAAAGCAGCCUGCUCGAUCAGUCCAACUCCUGAAAUCUACAGAUCUCAGCCGCCACAGUCUUCUCUACCUGAAGGAGAUCGGGAAUGGCUGGUUCGGGAAGGUUCUGCUGGGGGAGGUGAAUGCAGGUUUAAACACCACCCAGGUGGUGGUGAAGGAACUCAAAGCCAGCGCCAGCGUGCAGGACCAGAUGCACUUCCUGGAGGAAGCACAGCCUUACCGCGCCCUGCAGCACCACGCUCUGCUGCAGUGUCUGGCCCAGUGUACUGAGGUCACUCCCUACCUGCUGGUGAUGGAGUUUUGUCCACUGGGCGAUGUGAAGGGUUACCUCCGAAGCUGCAGAACUGCAGAAACCAUGACUCCAGAGCCUUUGAUUCUCCAACGGAUGGCCUGUGACAUCGCCUCAGGACUCCUGCACAUGCACAAACACAACUUCACACACAGUGACCUGGCUUUGAGGAACUGCUUGUUGUCUGCUAAUGUCUCAGUGAAGAUCGGAGAUUAUGGUCUGUCCCACACCAAGUACAAGGAUGAUUACUACGUGACAUCAGAUCAGAUGUACGUGCCGUUGCGUUGGAUCGCUCCAGAGCUGGUGGACGAGGUGCAUGGCAACAUGCUGGUGGCAAACCAGACCCAGCAGAGCAACAUGUGGUCUCUGGGCGUGACUAUCUGGGAGCUGUUCGAGUUGGGCAACCAGCCCUACAGACACUACUCUGACAGACAAGUGCUGACCUACGCUGUGAGGGAGCAGCAGCUGCGACUGCCCAAGCCGCUGCUCAAAGUGCCGCUGGCUGAGCGCUGGUAUGAGGUGAUGCAGUUUUGCUGGCUCCAGCCCGAUCAGAGACCCAAUGCAGAGGAAGUUCACUUGCUGCUCAGCUAUCUCUGUGCCAAGGGGGCCAGCGAAGCCGAAGAGGAUUUUGAGAGGCGAUGGAACUCGCUGCGUCCCAAUACUGGAUUCAACAGCCACCGUGGUGCCUCUGCAAUGUCACGAGGAGACCACCCCUCAUCAACCUCCUCCUCUUUCCCUCUCCUCGAGCAGUUUUCAGCUGGUGAUGGCUACCACUCAGAGUCCGGGGAUGAUAUACUAACCGUCACUGAGACCAGCCAUGGCCUUAACUUUGAGUACAAGUGGGAGCAAGCCAGGGCAGACCAGGCGUACAGAACUCCGGACUCUAGUACCAUGGGUCAAAUCAAUCAUCAUUGUCAGGAAGCAUUUUACCCACCAGGGGGCAUCGUGGGAGGCUGCCCCAUGGAGAGCCUCAGCCAUGGACUUUCUCCAUCUUACUACCAACCAAAACAUCUCCAUGCUCCAGGCAUUCUCCCGGUCCUCAGUGCCCACAGCCCCUCAGUAAGCAGUGAGUAUUACAUCCGCAUCGAAGAGCCAGUAGACUGUAACAUUGAUCCAGAGUACACCAUGUGCUCCUACAGCCCAGACUACCAGGGCAGCAGUGGGAGCUUUCUGACCGGCAGCGCCGACUCAGGCGAGUGCUUGGCCUGCCCAUCACAGACUAAGAACAUGGGUCCCUAUUGGUCAGCAGACAUCCACAAAUCAGAUGUGUACGACUCCAAUGAUUCAAGUCCUGCUAUCUCUCUGACGAUGGAGCCCCUUUUAGGCCAAGUGUCGGACAGCAGCCCACUACGACCCUGGGAGUCUAGUCACUACGUGUCCUAUAAAGACAGAGAUGGGGGUUACUACUAUGAGCACUCACCCCCUUUGGGAAUAGAUCACUAUUUGAUUGGAGGCGAGCUCUCCAGUGAGCAUCAUCGGGAAAGCUGGGGCUCAAGGAGCCUGCGUCAGGCCUUGGGUGAGUUGGAGAACCCGCUGGGUAUAUCCCCCUCUCUAACCAGCCCACCUCAGCAGGCCUACAGAGACACUUACCUGGACACAAGUCAGACCUCGAUCAUAGGAAAGAACGUGACAGGGGGCUAUUACGACAUGAUGGGCUCCUUGAGGAAGACUAUGCCCAGCCACACCAGGCACCACAGCCACUCUGUCAGUAUUAACAUGGAGACAGAGGGGGCCCUCUUCAUCGGGCACAGAGACAGCGAUACAGAGGAGGAAGAGGAGGACAUAUUUGUGGAGAGACACACCUGCAACACUUGGCCUUCGAAACACCGACACAGCAGUGUGAGUCACCACAGACGAGCGAGCCACAGCUGCAGACAGGAUGCGUAUGUCGACUUCCACUACACGAUGCCGAGCACAGAUAUCGAAGACUCCUGGCCGGAGGAGCACAGCCUGGCCUUUCACUCUUUACCCAAACCCAUUGACUAUCUCGAGCCCCACCAGGCCAAAGAUAACAGUGCCUGUCUCAGUCUGAGCAAACACCACACCAUGGUGCCCUCAGACAACUGCAACGCCUACAUCUACCUAUGCCAUGAGGGCGAGACUCAGGUGCCGGCGUCUGGAGAGUGCUGCCACUCGCACUUUGUUGACCCGCUCACAGGCUUGCUAGUCAGAAACAACAGCUAUAGUCACAGCUACAGUCACAGCAACUACAUCAGUGAUAAGGUCAUUGAUAUCCCAAGCAAUGAGGAGAUGAUCAAUCUAUCACCGGCUCCAGGGGGUCCCAUUGUGGCCAAACCUGCCUUGAUAAAGGCCGAGGACAGUAGAGAGCAGUAUGUUGACCUUACAUUUGAUGACACACUGUUCAAAGAGAAGGGCGAGGAUGUAAUCAAAGAAAAUCCAAUCAUGCAAAAACCCACAGAGCCUAAAAUAGAAGAGGUGGCCCUGACGACGGCUAAAAGCACUCCACCUCCUGCUGACAACAUGCAUGUGAUGGUGGCCCUCGCUGAUCCGCCGUCCGAGUUGAGUCACACUGGCGAUAGCGGCGUUGACCGAGGAGGCUCCAGUGUGAGUCUUGCUGACAUCCUGGACUGCAGCGACGAUGACGAGGACGAGGACAUUACAGACGACAUCACUGACGUCACCUCAGGCAUCUUCGCCGAUGAGUCCAGCGAGCUGAACGCUUCUCCUGCCUUCAAGUCUCUACAGAAGCAGGUAGGAACUCCUGACUCCAUGGACUCCAUGGACCUGCCGUCUGCAGCCGGAUCUUGUGAAGGAUUCAGCCCUGCGUCCUCCCAUCCCUCCAGCUCACCUAAAGCUAUGGACAGUGGCUAUGACACAGAGAACAAUGAGAGCCCUGAGUUUGUACCCAAAGAGCCUCAUGAACCCCGUGAACAACCUCUUGGAAAGCCUACCCUUGACACAAGCCUGGAGGAGGACAAGGAGCUGGAGGAGGACAAGGAGCUGGAGGAGGACAAGGAGCUGGAGGAGGACAAGGAGCUGGAGGAGCAUGAAGUUGAGGAAACAGUAGUGCCCACAGAGGGCGAAUCAACAGAUUUGGCCUCACAGACAGGCGACCAUAUCCUGUUACCACUGAGUGAUAAGACUCCAUACAGAGACUCUGCAUACUUUUCAGACUAUGAGAAUGAAAGGCAGUCGAGGGACGAAGGGGAAGAACGGUCAGAGGGAGUGAAGGAUGAACAAGGUUUUGAAAGGGAAGAGCACAUGGGAGAAAAGAAGGGAGAGAAAAGGAAGAAUGAAGAGGAAGAGGUGGAGGAUGAUGCAGCUAACAAAGGCAUAAAACUUGAAGACUCUUCAUCUCCACUAGAGAUGGAGGCAUACUUGACAGAAGAGUGUAGCCAGGAUGAGGUACUGGGACUAUCGCCGGAGGCCUCUGACACGGCUUCAAUGGCAGAGGUUGGGCUGGACGAAUGGCCAUCUCCGGAAGAGAGCUCGUCCCUGGGAGACUGGGCAGCAGAGGUGGUGGGGGCCAUGGAAGAAGCCAUCGGUGCCCUGAAUGGAGAUUGCAUCUCCAACAUCAAGAUGGAGGAGGAGGAGGAGGACACAGAGGACACGAAAAACUCAACUCAAGAUUCAGACACAGUAGAAGAGCCAGCGAUAAAGACGAUUCAGAACAGGCCGUCAGGGACGUCUGCUGAAAUCCUGCACACUUUACCUAAAGACGAGGUGGCCCUGCAGCACACAGCGAGCACCAGACGCUUUUCAUCCUCCUCUCCUCCACCUCCAUCCACCCCUCCACCUCCACUCCCUGACGUGGAGGGUAGAGGCUCUGCAGCUGAUGGGGAAGAGGCAGAUGAGGAGGACGGGGACACGGACGACAGCGACGAGUCAGACGAGGAGCUGCGGAGCUACAGCGUGCAGGAUCAGAGCGGAGGGGAGGACAGCGAAGACGAGUGCCACCCGGUGCCCAUCGUGGUGAGCGACGACAGCGAAGCCCACAAACUGCGCAGCCUCCUGAAGAUGCCGACCCUGCUCACAGCGGAGAACCUGGAGGAGCAGCUCGAACACAAGAAGAAGACGGUGUCGUUUUUCGACGACGUCACCGUCUAUCUGUUCGACCAGGAAAGCCCGACUAAGGAGCUGGUUGAACAUGGCUUCCCUUUAGGAGCAGAGGGCCAGAGCUCAUGGAGCAAAUCUCAAGAAAGGAUUAACGCCUCAGACGACUCUUCAGAUGGAAACAUCUCAGAGGAGAGUGCAGGGUACGAGUGGGAAGAUGACUUCCCCCUGCUCCCUCUGCCAACAUCCUCCGUGGCAUCCGACUCCCCUCCACCCCGCUCCGUCCCCAAAGCUCCGGAUCCAAAACCAGCCGUGCAGUACUCGCGCUUCACCGUGUCCCCCUCCAACGUGUCCCGCUUCUCCAUUACUCACAUCUCCGACUCUGACAUGGAUUCUGUAGGAGGAAGCAGCGAGGACGGGGACAAAGAGUGACGGGCUGCGGAUAUUUGCUGCCUCUCUGUGACUCGGCCUGCUCGCAUGACUUCUGAUUUCUUUUUUAAAGUCAGGUUUUAGAAACACAAGACAGUGCCUCUUAUCGCCUGUGGACACUUUUGAAAGGUCCGUCUUACCACAACGUAGGAUCGACCUAAGCUGUUUAGAAUACUGAAAAGAGUAUGGUUAAUAUAUAAAAUUUACAGAAUAUUAAUAUAUACUGUAUGUAUGAUAGAAUAUAUGAAAGCAGGGGAAACUUGUAUGUUGAAUAUUUUUCGGAUAAAAGAGACAAAAUGGACGGACGAUGUUGGGAAAGCAUCACACACACUUUCACUUCUUCAUUUAUGAUGGGAACCUUUAUGAGCGUGGACUUCAACGAAGGAUCAGCACCUUGAACAAGACUGUCCAGCUCUACAGACUUUGUACUUUUUAGGAAACUACUUUACUUGUCUUAAUGAAUAUCAACAAGAAUCCUUGAAGUAUCACAAGUAAUAUAAUGUUAAUAUUCUGGUUUGUUCAGAGACGGCAUGAAAGAAUGAAGCAAAGGGAACUUUAAUGUCUGAUGACAUAACAGCUGAUCGAACCUGGACACCCUGAUCUUUUGUGACCCUAUUUGUUUUUUUUGUAUCAGGACCACUACUGUACCGUUUUCCAUAAAUAUGUGGCUCAUUCCCUCGACCAAAUUGAAUGCCAGCACCACCAUCACAACCAACCAACCCCUCUGCGUGUUGUAAACAUCAGGCACAACAGACGUGAAGGAAGUCAUUUCAGAUUUAACAGGUUUUUUUUAAAUAUAGCACUGCAUGGUUUCAAGUAACUAGAAAACAGUAUCUAUAAGAAUUUAUUGCUUGGAGACAGAAGGGGGACAGUUUGUUUUCUGAUCUGGAGCAGAGACGGGCACACAUGGUCGUGUAACAGGUCCAAAUCAAACUGGCAGCCAGCGAAGAGAUUCAGGAUUUGGACCGCUACACAAAAACAGCAGAUCUUUAAUAAUGACAUGGGCCAAUAGCAGCGGGCGAUAUGGGUGAAAUGUAGUAUUAUAUUGCGAUAAUGGUAUACAUCUAGAUACAGAACUUUUUCUGAGCUUUAGUUAAGAAACAGUUAAUAGAGAAAAUUUCUACUUCAAAGUUCUUCAUCACAUUGAUGCAAAGAUCCAGUAAACCCAGUAUUGCCACAAAGCAGAAAUUCUCAUUGAUUGACAUCCACAAGAGUCAAGAGCAACCAGAGAUGUUCGAGGUAGAGAUACCUCAGUAGAAACAGUGUGUCAUCAUGUUGCCCGACCCUACAGGCCAAUACUCCAAAAUACAUACCUGCACAACAGAAUUAAAAAGGCUGUUAAAUGAUAUUUUUGUCAGCAAACAAACUGCACACUGCGUUUGUGAAUCAGCACAUUACACAUGCAGUAUUUCUGAGCUUCUGCCCAUUUCUACCACGUUAUCCGUUUGUAAGAGAAACGAGAACAGCCGCCAGGCUUCACUGUUACUCGCUGUAUAUUGUCUACACUGAGCUCGUUUGGAGAAGUUUUGUACUACGACUCUGAAGCGUUGAACCUUUUCAGAUUUGCAAGAAAAACGUUCGGUAUAAUUUGGAUUAUUUACAUAUACAAAAAAAACAGGAGGAUGAAUCUGAGCACCACUUUGAAACAGUGAUGAGGUUUUAUAGCACUUCGAAGCUCAGAUCCUGUUCAGUGUUAACACUGUUAAGUCUUAUUUGUCUGCUCAGCUGGUUGGAAGGCGACAGAGGGAUGAUGAAGUGUUACACCGCUUUGCUUUCUUUGUGUGUAAAUGAAAGGAAGUGAACUGGACGACGUAGUUACUGGUUUGGCGACUGUUUCAAAGCUGUCAAGAAACAGGACGCCCCGAUGAUCAGCGUGUAGUGUCUUCAGUGUUUGUUUAAUAUUCUGUAAUAGCAUAGAACCAUCUAGACAGCUGUCCGUAAUAUUUUUGUAUCUUGACAAAAAUACUUUAAGGAGCAUUGAUGUACUGUACGUGUGGAGGAGGGGAGCUUAGAAGAAUAUGUCUCUUAUGUUUAUUGUUGCCAAAGAGAUGUUGUGUUGUGGUCCAGGGGCAACAGUUGCUGUUGCUUUUACCCCAAAACGGAGACAGAUGAGGAACAUUACAGCUGCUUUGGCCUGGUCAGAAAAAAAUCCAUGCAGGUGAGGUUUUGGUAACAUGCGCCCACACUGACCUGGUCACAUCAUUACUUUCUGUACCUUCUAUCAAAUAUAAAUAAAGUCUGUUUUACACAUCUUAA